AAAAUCCCCUCUGACUCGAUUGGAAAUCUUAGUAUACAUUAGUAACCAGGCCUCUCCAAUAUGGCAUCGUGCACGGUCGCUCCACGACAAUAGCUCCGCACGCGGUCAGACACUUGCACGCUUUCAACGUCCUCCGCGUCUCCUCACCCUCUCUCCAUCGCCGCCUCCCUCUACCCGCCAUAACUUCAUCGAUUUCUAUCCUGUGUUCACCGGUGUGUGCACCAGCCCGCCAAUCAGCGAAUGACGCGUUCAGCCGCUCCCGCGCCGCAGUGGGACGACCUCAUUACCUGAGCCCUCAUAUAUCCCGCCCAUCCACUCUCCUACCCGACUACCGCUAAUAUGAGUGACUACGGCGACGACAACUACUCCGACUAUGACGAGGAUUGGUUCUAUGUGGAGGACGAGUACAUGGUGGCUGAUGACUUGGCCGAGCACGUCGUGAACUCCCCACCCCCCACCACCUACGCCGACGAGGACGCCGUCUCGGACUGGGACCGCUUUGAUUAUUUCAAUGAUCUGGAAUACGCUUCGGAUGGAUACGAUGAUUCGAACUUCUACCUUCACAAGCAGAAGCCGCAGACGGCACAAAACAGCCAGAAGAGGAAGCGAGGAGGAACAGGAGCGGUUGCUGGCGGCCACGGGAAAAAGAGGCAGAAGACGGGGACUGGGCGGACAUCCCCCCCUCCUGGCACUUUGGUCCCUUCGAUGCAGCCAGUGGUAUGGCGCGCGAAGGCGACCCAGAGUAACAAACCGAAGAUGCUUGACGAGAGUCAAGAGCCCAUUGCAUUGCUGAAGGACUGGAGAGAACGUCUUACAGACAUGUCCGUAUGGGCUUCUGCCACGCCGCCAUCGCCAGAAAUGAAAAUGCCAAAGUCUGGGAAUCAAAAACUCGCCUUCUCAGAGCGCAUUUCUCCAACCCAGGAACUAGAGGGCGAAGAGGACGACGACGUGGGCAUUGAUCCUGCCGUGUUGAUGGCUGCUCUGCAAAAGAACCUUGCUGAUGCCGGUGGCCCUCUCAAUGGAAUGGAUCCCCAGCAACUCCUCCAAUUCGCGAUGCGCAUGAUGACGGACAAGGACGCCGGCGACGAGAUCAUAGGCGAGUUAGCAGACAACAUACUCGACAAAGGGGAUGAAGAAGGCGACGAGGAAGCUCCAGCAGAACUCCUGUCCUGGCUCUCAAAACAACGAGAAUCAAAUCAACACGAACCCACCGAAUCAGACCCCACCCCAUCGAGCCGCACUCUUUCAGCCCCAAAAUCCCCAGAUAUUGAAUCCGGUGGCAUCCGAACACUGACCCCGCCAUCAUCGGAUGCCAACCGUCGUUUGCGCGCCGUAGAGGAGCCAAUGGAUCUAAGCUCGGCCAAGGGAAAGAAUGCGGAGGCUCUCAACCAAAAAAAUGCCAUGGAGAAAGCGGUCCAAAGCGUCUUCUCCCGCAAGCGAAAAGCCGAUGAUGAUGAACGAGAAAGCACGGGUGUUGGCAGUUCCAUCAAUGUUUCGAAGAAACAAGCAACAGCGAGGUCGUAUGACGCUCCAACAGCAGCGAGCCAGGCUAGAGCCACGUCAACCGUGAGGAGCGGGCGGUCGAAACGUUCAUGAGCUGCUCGCUUGCAGGGGAAGUUUUGAGUUGUUUCCGCUUGCUCGCUUGCGUCUUUCUUGCGUCUUUCUCAGACCACUAUCGUGGGUUGUGGUUAAGGAUGGGACGUCGGUGCACGAAUUCCAUACACACGAUGCCUCAGGCAUGGCUACCCAUGGGAUUUCGAUGGCUACGUGGUCUUCAGCGAUGUGUUUCAUACGCUGAAGUGGUAAGAGCUUUUGUGACAGACGUGGGGCUAUUGUCGGAUGAUUGAGCGGAGGGAGCGCUCUGUAGGUAGUCCCACAUCAGAAGUAUUUGACACUGUACAAUAGGGUACUACUCGUGCCUGCAUGCUCUAUGUAAUAGAAAUUCUUGAUCCAAACAACCAG